CCCUCCGCCAUGGCCCAACACAAGCCUUCCCCAAUUAAACCUGCCGGAUCGAUCCGAUCCGAUCACGACGGGAGAAUCAACCGGGAUCGCAAUGGCGUCGAGGAGAGCCGCGGCGGCGGCGCUGCUGCUGGUCGCGGCGGUGGUGGCGGCAGCGGCGGUGGGCGCUGGCGCGGAGGGGGAGGAGACGACCGGCGACGCCGGCGAGCUGGACUGCUUCUGCGACUGCAUGAAGAACCAGUGCAUGACGCUGGGCGCGGCGCCCAACAAGUUCGACUGCGCCGACGCCUGCACCCAGGGCUGCACGCAGAUCGGCAAGCCGGGCCAGCCCAGCGACAAGGACUUCUGCGGCUUCUGAUCCGACCGAUCGAGCCCCGCCUCCCAGCCCCAGCCCACGGUGCCGAGAAGGCCGGACGGUCUCGGUGGUCCGGCCCAUCUGCCGCAUCAGUUUUCUGUUCUUCUGUUUUUUUUUUUUGAACAUGUUAAGAAUUGUAUACGAGAUCUGAGGGUUUAAACCACACACCCUUCGUUGUAUUAUCAAGUACAUCUCUAUGCGAAUCAUUCCUUAUUGGGCCGUUUUUGAGGGUA